UACAGCGAUCGGCCCGUGAAAUUCGCAGAGCGGUUCGCGGCCCGGCUUUCAGAUCUCCUGGCUCUUCCUUUAGCUCAGGUGGGAUGUUCAUCGCGACCGGCAGCACUGACCAUGUCAUCAGAAUAUAUUAUCUGGGCCCCGAAGAGAACCCGAGAAGAUUGCUGAGCUGGAGGGCCACGCGGAUAAAGUCAUCGCGGUUCAGUUCUGUAACAACAGCGAUCGAUUGCGCUUUGUCAGCGGGAGCCGGGACGGCACGGCGAGGAUCUGGCAGUACCAGCAGCAGGAAUGGAAGAUGAUUUCUCUGGACAUGGCUGCCAGAAUGGCCGGGAGCUCUGUGGUAAAUGUGGAGGACAAAGUCACCAAGCUGAAGGUGACCAUGGUGGCCUGGGACCGCUGCGCGACUCCACCAUCAUCACCGCCGUCAACAACUUCCUCCUGAAAGUCUGGAAU